CGCACUCACCCCACCACUUCGCAUUAUUCAAUAGAAGAGAUGUCUAUCAUAACAUCAGGCGUCUCAAAUUUUGUGAGAAGGAAAAAUAAAAUGGGCAAAUCCUUUGUAGCAAUGUCAAAUAAUAAAUAGACAACCGUAUAUUACGGGAUGACAUGUAAAGGCUGCUUCUGUACAAUGUGCAACUGCAACGUUGUUCGACUGCUUGGAGAUCCACUGUAAAAUGAGUGUGAUCGUGCUUCUGUAAGGUUGCGUGUGAAAUCUCUCGUUAUAGAAAUUCAAAUCAACCAUGGGCAACACACCAUCACGGAAAGGCUAUGAAAAGCAACCAGAGAAAACCACGCUGUUCAAGAAGGAGCCGACGGGAAUAACUUACAGAAUCCCAGCUCUCCUCUACUUGAAAGACACACAAACAUAUCUCGCCUUUGCAGAGAAGCGGAGCUCUCCAUCAGACAGCGAUGCUAAAAUUCUUGUUAUGAGGAGAGGGUCACUUCAACAUGGAUCCAUUCAGUGGUCCCCAUCUCAAGAGGUGACGUCAGCAUUUUUACCAGAGCAUCGCACCAUGAACCCCUGUCCUGUCUUCGAGAAGAAUACCAAGACUCUGUUCCUGUUCUUCAUCUGUAUCCUGAGCAAUACCCCAGAGCACCGUCAGAUAAUCACAGGCAGGAACAAGGCCCAUCUGUGCUACGUCACCAGCAGUGACGACGGCCAGACCUGGAGCCAGGCGAAGGACCUGACGGAGAGUGUGAUCGGAAAAAACGUCCGGAGAUGGGCUACAUUCGCUGUCGGCCCGGGACACGGCAUUCAGCUGGAGAGCGGCAGGUUGAUCAUUCCGGCCUAUGCCUACUACGUCCCUUUCAAAUGCUUCUCCUUCCCAAUACCGUUCACGGUACAGCCGCACGCUCUCUCCAUACACAGCGAUGACUUUGGCCAGACAUGGAGGAUGGGGAAGAUGCUCCAGCGGAAGUCGUGCGAGUGCGAGAUGGCAGAGAUUAUAGACCAUGAGGGCAGGAGUCACCUCUACUGCAACGCCCGGAACACACACGGUCACAGAGUGGAGGCUCUGAGCGAGAGCAGCGGUGCUUACUUUGACAAGCCCCGAUUGGCUCCCAAGCUGGUGGAAUCACGCCAUGGUUGCCAGGGAAGCGUGAUCGGCUUCCCUGCUCCGGAAUUCGUACCCAAUGACGAAGCGGACAGCAUAGGAGGCACCACGUCACCCCUGUCCCCGGACACUCAAACAUGGCUGCUCUUCUCCCACCCUACCAACAAGACGAGCAGGAGGGACAUGGGGGUGUACCUGAACCGCUCCCCCCUGCACUCGUCCGGGUGGGACCAGCCCUGGGUCAUCCACAGCGGGCCCAGUGGCUACUCCGACCUGGCGCACAGUGAAGACGUUGAGCACUUCGCCUGCCUGAUGGAAUGUGGGAAGGAGAGCGAACUUGAACAGAUCGCCUUUGUGUCUUUUAACCUAAGUGAUGUCAUGCAGACCGUUGACAAGAGAGAGAAGAAAGAACUGUAAGUUGUUGGUUUUAUUCCAGUAGGGGUGAACACCUGUUUCAUGCUCGGCUCAUUCUUGUCUUUGAUCUGAAAUCGGUCUAGCUGGGAGUUAUGAACCCACAAUAUGAUCUGAAUCCCUCUAUUCGUACUGUGUGUGUGUCCUAAAGCAGAUAAAGCAUGAUUGUUUUAUAAAUAUAUAGUAGUUUUCUACCACAUCACUGAUUCUCUAACUCCUGUGACAGAGCUAUGUAACAUAAUCAAAGUGGACGCAAAGUACAUGUGAUUACAGAAUGACAAUGGACUACACUGCAUGAGGUCCUUGAAGGACAACCUACCUGUGAUUUGUUUUUGUUUUUUUAAGUUGUGCUUAUGUAUAUCUAUCAAUGCCAUUUUAGAAAAUGUAAGAACUUACUUUUUUGUGGAUCUGAGAAUAAUUGCAAGUGCAUUCCAGCCAGCCAAUCACAGUGCAAGUUGGAUCUAUUACCUCAUAGCUAAAUCAGCUCUCCCUAGAUGUGUCAGCGUGGAAGGCCUAGGGGAUCAAUUGUGAGAUGGGAUUCACGGCUUAAUUUCUCAUGCUCAUCAAAUGGGCAGUGAAAAGAAAUUAGCCAACUGUACCUCUCAUGCUAUGGCCAGACUAUAAAUAUCUCUAUGAGACUGCUCCCCUUAUGGUUUUUGUUUUCAUUUUUCCAUUGAAAUGAAUUGAUUCUCUCAUAAUGUAUGGGUUUCUUAGUCGCCUGAUGGCUGUGCAACACUGACAUUCCAUUUCUGACUAUUGGCACUUAAGUGAGCACUGUUUACAAUGUAUCACUGUGAAUGCUUUCACUUGAUUUUGACAAUAUUUGACAAACCUUUUGUUGCAUCCACUGGAAUCAGAAAUACACGUUCUCUAUCAGGGGUAGUUAACUCUUUUGUAUAACAGUGCUCAUCUGAGUGGAUGGCUGUAGAAUAUUUGAUUACAUGCUUCUUAU